AUGAUCACCAGGAUCUUUGUCUUCUUAUUCUGGCUCGAUCUCAUUCUCGGGCACCCGACGUUGCCCUUGUCUGUAUCAUAUAACACGGCCAUUGCAUCUAGCCAACUAGAUCAGCUCGCCCAAUUUGCACUGAAUGUGACAAAAAGCGCGAUCGGUUCAAGCGGCAAUUGCACUCUCGAAAAUCUGCACAUCCGCCGGGACUGGAGAGCUUUUUCCAAUAUCGAAAAGAAAGCUUACAUUAACUCUGUGCUGUGUUUACAGAAAUUACCAGCUCGUACACCUUCUGACUUGGCCGCCGGGGCCAAGACUCGAUACGACGACUUCGUAGCCACUCACAUCAAUCAGACUCUCUUGAUUCACCGCACGGGAACAUUUUUAGGAUGGCACCGAUGGUUUAUCUAUGAAUUUGAAUCGGCUCUGCGAGAUGAAUGUGACUAUCAUGGCGAUUAUCCAUACUGGGACUGGGGUGCUGACGCCGAUGACAUGGAACGUUCGGAACUGUUUGAUGGCAGUGACACCUCAAUCUCAGGAAAUGGACUCUGGACACCAUCUGAGCUUGAUAUCAAGCGGUUCAACAACUAUACGUCGAUUGUUCACUUGAUCCUCAAUAAUGACAACGUUUGGGAUUUUCAAACAGAGCUACAGGGCGUUCCUGGAAGCGGUGCUCUGGGAGUUCAUGGUGGAGGUCAUUACUCCAUGGGAGGCGAUCCUGGUCGUGACGCGGAUGGAAGUCCAGGCGAGCCGGGGUUUUGGCAUCAUCAUGGGAUGAUAGAUCGUGUGUGGUGGAUAUGGCAAAGUCUGGAUCUGGAAAUGCGGCAGAAUGCGAUCUCGGGAACGGGUACAUUUAUGAACCAGCCUGCUUCUCCUAAUACGACACUAGAUACGGUUGUCAAUAUCGGAUAUGCCAACUCUGGUCCUGUUAUAAUGAAAGAUCUUAUGAGCACGACGGCUGGGAAGUUCUGCUAUGUCUAUGUGUGA